AUGAGCAAACGGCCUCCCCACCCCGUCGCGGUGCUUCGCGGUCAUCGCGCCUCUGUUAUGGACGCUUGCUUCCACUUCUCUCGCCCCUUGCUCUUCACUGGUGCUUCGGACGGCGAAUUGCGGAUUUGGGACACCUCUCAGCGACGGACCGUUGCGUCUUCUUGGGUGCACAGUGCGGCUCACGGGAUCAUCUGCAUCGCUACUAGCCCCGUGCUUGGAGCUGAUAAAAUUCUUAGCCAAGGAAGGGAUGGGACAGUUAAGUGCUGGGACCUUGAAGAUGGUGGCCUAUCCAGAAAUCCCCUGCUGACUAUCAAUGCAAACUGUUAUAACUUUUGCAAGCUUUCAUUGGUGAAGAAGGCUUCUGCUUGUGUAAGGCCAGCUGAAGAGUCUGCAAGUUUCCAAGAUGUGGGAGUUGGAGAAACUUCUGAUUCAGAAACCCGAAAUGGUAGUGGAGGACGGGUUGAGGGAAGUCUAGCAGAGUGUUCCCAUGGCUAUAAAGGACCCAUCUACAUAGCUAUAGCAGGGGAGCAGACUUCGCAGGUUGAAAUUUGGGAUCUCAGAAAUAAUCAAAGGUCAGUUCAACUACCUCCAGACAAUCUUGGUGCCUGUCAAGGGAUCUCAACUAAAGAAAGAGGUAUGUGCAUGGCAAUUCAAGCCUCUAUACCAUCUGGCUCUCAGGGGUUCCUCAAUGUUUUGGCUGGUUAUGAGGAUGGAUCAAUGCUGUGGUGGGACAUACGUAAUCCUCAGAUUCCAAUGACUUCUGUGAAGUUUCAUUCAGAGCCUGUUCUGAGCCUGUGCAUAGAUCAGUCAAACAGUGGGGGUAUCUCUGGUGCUGCAGAUGACAAAAUCAUAUGGUACAGUUUGGACCAUUCUCUGGGACGCUGUGUGGCUAAAACAGGAAUUAAUUUGGAGCGAGGUGGCAUUGCCAGCGUAUCAAUAAGACCAGAUGACAAAAUUGCUGCGACUGCUGGCUGGGAUCACAGAGUUCGGAUAUACAAUUAUUGCAAAGGGAGUCCCUUGGCGAUAUUGAAGUAUCACCAGGCAACGUGUAAUGCGGUUUCAUUCUCAACUGAUUGUAAGCUGAUGGCCUCUGCAUCAGAGGACUCUACGGUCGCGCUGUGGGAGCUCUAUCCUCCUCGUACUUGAAAAGGUAGUUGUUCAUUGUGCAAGGCUUCAUCUCCAUCUCCACGGGAUAACAAGCUUGGGAGAUAUCAGAAAUGGGAGGCGGAUUGGCCAGAUCUCAUGUGGAAGACCAUCCUUCAAGCAAUGUCAUGGACCUGCAAAUUCAUCUCUCAAUGGAUUAGCAAAUCUUUUGCGAAUCUGAAAAUAGCAUUGUCGACUACAGGAAGAUCAUCUUUCGGGCAUUCGCAUUCGAGACAUCUUGGCCAUCAAAAGAAUCCUGCUUGCACAUGGACAUCCAAAGUUGAGACUGUCGCAUGGGUCAGAGACUUCAUUACCUCGAUGGCCUCAUCUCAGUUUUGCAAUGAACUGGAGAGGAGAAGUCGUUUCUAGAGACCAACCUUCAAUUUGGGAGCGAAGCAGCUAGAUUUGGAUCCUUAAUCAUCGUAGGGCAUUGCCAGGAAUAGGAACAGACGGUCUUGCGUGGACUCUUCAGUUAUCACUCAUCAGUAUCGCCAAAUGUAAUAUCAUACACCGUGAUUGCUACUUCUGUCAACGAAUCUGCAGUCGGCAGUCAGCUACUCGUUCAGAGAUUGCUGGAUUAUCUCGAGUUAGUUAUUUACUCAUACAAUUGUUCAUAAUGCAAACUAUGACGCUGUGAUGGCUAGUGAAUUCCCUCACCCUUACAAACCUUUUGCUUUGGCAAUUGAUUU